AUGACUACUUCUACGAGUCCGUCACGUCACAACAUCUGCGGCCAAACGACGACCACCAUAUACGCAUCACAGAGGCCAAAGGCAAAGCAGCUGGUUUUCAUGAUGAAUCACGUCAAAACUCACAUCAGCUCCGACGAAAUGCCAGUCAACUCCCGAAACUGUCCGUUAAACGAUCACAUUGUGCCACCUAAUAUCCCAACGUCUCCAGAGACACCAGUGGAAUUACCAGCAUCUCCAGCCGAUCCAGGGCCUGAAACACCGUCUAUAAGGAUAGAUAUAGCAACGAUACCUUUGAUACCAGUCUCAGGUCUUGUUGCCCUGCCCGAAACUCUUGGGAGAUGUCAGCGCCUUCCGUGCGUUACCUUGGAUCCGGAUCAAAACUGGAAGCAUCUCGUGCUCUCUGACGAUAAGCUGGUUGUAUGGGGCAAUACGCAAGACGGCCAAAACAUUGUAUGUCUUAAAGAUGGCGCAAAUGAGCUGGUAACGUGGAUCGCGUCAAGCUGUGCGCCCUUGUCGUCACUUUUAAGCAUCAGUCUCUCGAAGAAUGGGUGUCUGGCUUUCGUAUGUGCCGAAAAUGUGUACUACGUAAAGAAGGAUGCGUAUGCCAAUUUGCAGCCGAUUGCAUUUAACCAGGAACACUCGUUUACCCAUGCCUCAUUCAACGAUAAUGGCACCCUGCUUUAUGCUUGGGCUUUCAGCAGCCCUCAUGAUUGCUUGUAUAUUUGGCGCAUUGAUGAGAAUUCUCAGGAUAUCGCCGUUCCAGCCGAGUCAGAAGGCUACUAUCCGUCAAAGCGGCAUGGCAGCCCAGAGGCAGCAUUGAUUCCAUACGCCGUUCGUCCUGGCUGCAUCGUGCAUGCCAAAAGCGGUGAAUUAUUUCCAGCUCAGAUGCGCAGCACGCAGUGCGACAGUUUUGAAGAGCUCCCGAAGCACAUCUUUGAAUGCCCGAAAGUGGCUUGCGCAUGCAUGUACGGCGAUCGCUCUCUAUUUAUUGUCGAGAAAGGUACCUUGCAUACGCGACUAUGGAAACACCGCGUUGUUGGUGACUCAAACCUUGCUAUCGAAAGAGGCGCAAAGAAACCUUUUGCAAAGUGGCCCUCGUUCUCAGGAACAGUCAAGGCAAUACGAGUAAGACCGUGGCCUGACAGUAACGACCUUGCCAUUGUUAUGUGUACAUCGCAUGGGCAAGUUAUGGCAAUACCAGUAGAGAAAUAG